GGGAGAAGGUGUGGAAAGAGAUACGGUUGUCAGUUGGCACACAUUUUUAUAGUACCAUUCAUUGACUAGUGUCUAAAUAUCUUUCAAUUUUAAAAUCUUUUGUUUAAUUUUUAUCAAUUUUCGUGCGUAAAAACACUGAUUUCAAGGAAAAUUAUGUCUUCCCAAGGUGAUGAUUUGAGUGAAAAAGUGGCCACUAUAAAGUCAACAAUAACAACUUAUCCUGAUUUUCCUAAGAAGGGAAUUUUAUUUUAUGAUAUAAUGCCAAUCUUACAGAAUCCUGAUGUCUUUCAAAGCACCCUCGAUGUUUUAUCGGCAAAGUUGAAUUCUUUUGGUCCAAUUGAUGUCAUUGUUGCUCUUGAAUCGAGAGGAUUCCUUUUUGGUCCAACCUUGGCUCUACAACAUAAGUUACCUUUCAUAACAAUCAGAAAAAAAGGUAAACUUCCAGGACCAACACAAAAAUUGUCCUACAAACUUGAAUAUGGAGAAGAUACGAUUGAAAUUCAAGAAGGUUCCAUCAAAAAUGGAUCAAAAGCUGUUAUUAUUGAUGAUUUAUUGGCCACAGGCGGAACUCUUGAAGCUUCUAUCAAAUUGAUAAAAAAUUGUGGUGGAGAAGUUGUCUGUAGCAUGGUGAUCAUUGAAUUAGCAGAUUUACAUGGGAAGGACAAAGUUGAUUCACCAUUUUAUUCCAUAUUAAGAGUUUAAAUUUUUGUGAAUUCGAGCUGAAUUAAAUAAAAUAAGAUUCUUUCCGAUGCUAUUUAAACUUUAA